AUGGAUCAAGACCAAGAGAAUCGGGCGUUUGUUUCAAACCCUAGCAAGAAUCCCCCACAAAGCCAUGGCAUUGAUAGGAAUUAUGUUAACGUUCAUCAUGACGGUUCAAUUGUGUAUACAACUACAGACGAGGAUGAUUCUACUCCUACAACCAAUAUUGAUCCUGCAUAUGAUUCUGAGAUUGAGCCUUACCCUCCUGGUUUUAGGUUUAAACCAAAAGACGUAGAGCUCAUUAUUGAUUACUUGCAGAAGAAGGUUCUUGACCAACAGUUGCCGCCGAGCGGGAUCGUCGAUGUCGAUCUCUAUAAGUACAAUCCCCAGGAUCUUGCAGCAAUGUAUCCCCCUUGUGGAGAGAAUGAAUGGUACUUCUUUACAUCGAGAGUACGCAAGUAUCCGAACGGGGAGAGGCCGAAUCGAGCAGCCGGAGAUGGUUACUGGAAAGCCACUGGAGCUGACAGACCUAUCAAACGUAAAGGCGUUAAAGUUGGUUCAAGGAAGGCCUUGGUUUUCUACAUGGGAAAAGCUCCACAUGGUAAAAAAAGUGAUUGGAUUAUGCAUGAAUUUAGAGUCCUUGAUGCUCCCAAACCACUAGGAGAGGACAAGAAGAUGAUGCUUGAUAACUGGGUUCUGUGUCGGAUCUACAAUAAGAAAUCUGAGAGGUUCUCAUCCCGAUUUUCCACCCGACGACAGAGUGAUGAGGUUCAAACUGACAGUCCUAAAUCGAGCUAUCCGAAUACUCCCACAGCUGCUAAUUCUAUCCAAAUUGGGACUACAACAACUACUACUCCACAAAUGAUUAAUCAAAUGAUUCCUAUUCAGACUCAGAUGAUGACUCCUGCUCCACAAAUGUUGAACAAUGCAAGGUUUGCUCAACAGUUUGGUUCACACACUCACAUGCUGACUGCACUCCCUACACCGACUACACAACAGUACAAUGAAAUGGAUGGUGGUGGUGGUGACCUCUACAACCAAAACCAGAUUGGAUAUCAGAGUGAUUUUGGAAAUAUUUUUCAGAGCAAUGAACUGGUGAGCCUUCCGGAUUCCUUCAUUCAACCCUAUAAUCCGCAGUUGUCGUUCAUCGGUCCAGAUGAUCGAGAUGUGAAUUCAUUUAUUUCCAAUGAAGGGUAUGAUGUGGUUGAUUGUGAUAAUGACAUUGAGGGAUUUGGUUUUGGGGAUACGUUGAUGGAUCCUGGGUUCUCAGACAGUACUGCGAAACCGCGGCAAUUUGAUCCUAGGCAGGGAUAA